GUUCUCUGACGCAGCCGCCGUAGAACGCGUAGAACGCAGUCCCGUACGCUGGAACGUGCGGAGACAGGCGCAGGCGCAGAGGCCUCAUAGAGACGUGGCGCAUGCGCAGUCGUGUAUCCGUGCGAUGGACGGGCUGUUGACGGCGGUGCAAUGGCUGCCUGCGAGGGCCGGAGAAGCGGAGCUCUCGGUUCCUCUCAGUCGGACUUCCUGACGCCGCCAGUGGGCGGGGCCCCUUGGGCUGUAGCCACCACCGUAGUCAUGUACCCACCGCCGCCGCCGCCACCUCAUCGGGACUUCAUCUCGGUGACGCUGAGCUUUGGCGAGAGCUAUGACAACAGCAAGAGUUGGCGGCGGCGCUCGUGCUGGAGGAAAUGGAAGCAACUGUCAAGAUUGCAGCGGAAUAUGAUUCUCUUCCUCCUUGCCUUUCUGAUUUUCUGUGGACUGCUCUUCUACAUCAACUUGGCUGACCAUUGGAAAGCUCUGGCUUUCAGGCUAGAGGAAGAGCAGAAGAUGAGGCCAGAAAUUGCUGGGUUGAAACCAGCAAAUCCACCCGUCUUACCAGCUCCUCAGAAGGCAGACACCGACCCUGAGGACUUCCCAGAGAUUUCAUCGCAGAAGUCACAAAGACACGUCCAGCGGGGACCACCUCACCUGCAGAUUAGACCCCCCAGCCAAGACCUGCAGGACGGGACCCAGGAGGAGGCCAUGAAAAGGGAAGACGUCCCUGUGGACCCCCGCCCGGAAGGAGAUCCGCAGAGGACGGUUAUCAGCUGGAGGGGAGCGGUGAUCGAGCCUGAGCAGGGCACCGAGCUCCCUUCAAGAAAAGCAGAAGUGCCCACCAAGCCUCCCCUGCCACCGGCCAGGACACAGGGCACACCAGCGCAUCCAAACUAUCGCCAAAAGGGCGUGAUUGACGUCUUCCUGCACGCAUGGAAAGGAUACCGCAAGUUUGCGUGGGGCCACGACGAGCUGAAGCCUGUGUCCAGGUCCUUCAGCGAGUGGUUUGGCCUUGGGCUCACGCUGAUCGACGCACUGGACACCAUGUGGAUCUUGGGUCUGAGGAAAGAAUUUGAGGAAGCCAGGAAGUGGGUGUCGAAGAAGUUACACUUUGAAAAGGACGUGGACGUCAACCUGUUUGAGAGCACGAUCCGCAUCCUGGGGGGGCUCCUGAGUGCCUACCACCUGUCUGGGGACAGCCUCUUCCUGAGGAAAGCUGAGGAUUUUGGAAAUCGGCUAAUGCCUGCCUUCAGGACACCAUCCAAGAUUCCUUACUCGGAUGUGAACAUCGGCACUGGAGUUGCGCACCCGCCACGGUGGACCUCCGACAGCACGGUGGCCGAGGUGACCAGCAUUCAGCUGGAGUUCCGGGAGCUCUCCCGCCUCACAGGGGCUAAGAAGUUUCAGAUGCUGUCCCUUCGAGUAAGGGAUGAGAGCCAUCCUGAAGACGGGUCAGCUCUGUGGCGACCGCCCGUCGGGAGCAGUGACAUUCAGGAGGCCGUGGAGAAGGUGACGCAGCACAUCCACGGCCUGUCUGGGAAGAAGGACGGGCUAGUGCCCAUGUUCAUCAAUACCCACAGCGGCCUCUUCACCCACCUGGGCGUGUUCACGCUGGGCGCCAGGGCCGACAGCUACUAUGAGUACCUGCUGAAGCAGUGGAUCCAGGGCGGGAAGCAGGAGACACAGUUGCUGGAGGACUACGUGGAAGCCAUCGAGGGGGUCAGGACACACCUGCUGCGGCGCUCUGAGCCCAGUAAGCUCACCUUCGUGGGGGAACUUGCCCACGGCCGCUUCAGUGCCAAGAUGGACCACCUGGUGUGCUUCCUGCCAGGGACGCUGGCUCUGGGUGUCUACCACGGCCUGCCUGCCAGCCACAUGGAGCUGGCCCGGGAGCUCAUGGAGACUUGUUAUCAGAUGAACCGGCAGAUGGAGACGGGGCUGAGUCCCGAGAUCGUGCACUUCAACCUUUAUCCCCAGCCGGGCCGUCGGGACGUGGAGGUCAAGCCGGCAGACAGGCACAACCUGCUGCGGCCAGAGACCGUGGAGAGCCUCUUCUACCUGUACCGCGUCACAGGGGACCGCAAGUACCAGGACUGGGGCUGGGAGAUUCUGCAGAGCUUCAGCCGGUUCACGCGGGUCCCCUCGGGCGGCUAUUCUUCCAUCAACAACGUCCAGGAUCCUCAGAAGCCCGAGCCCAGGGACAAGAUGGAGAGCUUCUUCCUGGGGGAGACUCUCAAGUAUCUGUUCUUGCUCUUCUCUGACGACCCAAACCUGCUCAGCCUGGAUGCCUACGUGUUCAACACCGAAGCCCACCCUCUGCCUAUCUGGAGCCCUGCCUAGGGGACGGCUGCUGGCGGAGGGACUUCGGGUGGGCGGAGGCGCCUUACUGGGUCUGUGGCAUUUUCCAAAGGCCCGCGUGGUGCCGGCAACCGCUGAGUGGCCCGGGCUCCGAACUGGCUCUGGGCUCCCCUCGUCUCUGCUUUCAUCAGGACACCGUGAGGCCGAGGGAGAGCCGCCGUCUUUGUGUGGGGCGGGGUGGGCCGGGCCACUGGAGCCUCUGCCUGCGUCCUCCAGAAAACAUGAAUCAUGACUCACGAUUACUGAAGCCUGAGCAGGUCUCUGGGCCGACCACAGUGGGCUUCGAGGUGGUCCCUGGUACUGUGGUGACCGAGUGGACAGCCCAGGGUGCAGCUCUGCCCAGGCUCGUGAAGCCUCAGAUGUCCCCAACCCAAGGGUCUGCAGGGGCUGCUGUGACCCCACAGGCCCGAGGCUCCAGGGCUGGCUCUGGUGUUUACAAGCUGGACUCAGGGAUCCUCCUGGCCGCCCCACAGCGGGCUUGGAGGGCUGGACGGCAAGUCCAUCUGGCUCACAGGCCCCUCCAGUGGAAUGGGUCUUUUUGGUGGAGAUAAAAGUUGAUUUGCUGUAA